UGUCUCCGGAAACGAGACGUACAGCCACGGAGGGACUCGUUACAACCGGUGUGAAGAGGAGCUUUGCAACCGCGGCCGCUGGAUGCCCACGGGCCGCUUGUCAGACCCCCAGUGUUGUGUUUUUGGUGGACAAAACUUCACCCACGGCCAGGCGAGGUAUUUGCGUUGUGAGGCGAUUGUAUGUAACAGAGGAGUCUGGGACAACACUGCAGUUUUUAACGAAUCAACAUGUUGUGAAUUCAACGGCUCCUAUUAUCUUGACAAACGCUUGCGUUAUACCGAGUGUCAUCUCUUCCUUUGCAAUAAGAGUCAGUGGGUGGACAAGGGACUUUCCUGCCUGAAUCCUGAAUGCUGUCAGACGACGACAUCUGAGCGCCUAACAACACCUACGACACUUCACACUUCAAGGAAAACCACCCCAUCGUCUUCCUUCUUGACAGUUUCAGAAAUCGGAUCUUUCUCUACGACGCUAUUCCCUCCUUAUAUAUCAUCUACAACAUCAUCAGCAGCGACGACUUUCACUACGAGGAAACAAACAACCACAACACCGCUCACAAUAUCCUUAACGUGGAAUCCUCUGACAGCUCCCACAACACCCAAAAUUCCUCAGGUGUCACCAUCUAAGAUCACUUCACGUGUCUCAACAACAAGUAUCACAACAAAUUUUCCAUCGCCACUCCCCACUAAAACUGAAAAGCCACAAACAGUCACGCAUGUGCAAACAGACCCAACAAACGUGCCAACAACAACGACUCAGAUAACAACUACUAAGAGACAAACAACUAUAAAACUAAUGCCAACAGUUACAUUAACAACACAAGAGUCAAUAACCACAGUAAAACCAAAAUUAACAACACAAAAGGUAACUACAACACAGAUACCAAAACAAAAGACUACAACAUAUGAACCAAUAAAAACAACAGCAGUAACACAAGGAUCAGCAACACAGACGCCAGUUACAACACAGAAACAAACAAUCAAAACACCAAAAACAACAACAAAGGAGAUAUCAACACAAAAGUCAACAAUAACACAAAAAUCAACACAAAAGUCAAUUACAACACAAGAGCCAACAACACGAGACAUAGCAACACAAAAGCCAACAAUCAAAACACCAAAAACAACAACAAAGGAGUCAACACAACAGUCAACAAUAACACAAAAGUCUACAAAAAAGUCAACUACAACACAACAGCCGAUAACACGAGAUCCAGCAACACAAAAGUCAGCAAUCACACAAGAGACAACAACACAAGAAACAGCAACACAAGAGCCAACAACACAAGAAACAGAAACACAAAAGACAGCAACACAAGAAUCAACAAUACAAGAGACAGCAACACAAGAGCCAACGACACAAGAGACAGAAACAAAAAAGUCAACAACACAGAGAACAACAACACAAGAGAAAACAACACAAGAGACAACAUUAGAAGAGACAGCAACACAAGAAAAAACAACAAAAGAAACAACAACACGCAAACAAACAACCACAACAGAAAAGGCAGCAGCAGAAAAAUCAACAGCACAAAAUACAACAGUACAAAUGUCAACAACUACAACACAAGUACAAACAAAACCACAACCAGCAACACAAAAUCCAACAACACAAAAGUCAACAACACAAGAGACAACACAAAAUUCAACAAUGGUAACACAAGAGCCACCAACAGAAAAGCCAGCAACACAAACGUCAACAACUAAAACAAAAGAACAAUCAACAAAAACAUCAACAACUACAACACAAAAGUCCAAAACACAAGAAACAGCAACACAAGAGACAGCAACACAAGAGACAACAACAAGAAAGAAAGCAACACAAAAGCCAACUCCACAAGAGACAGCAACACAAGAGACAACACAAGAGACAGCAACACAAGAGACAGCAACACAAGAGAUAGCAACACAGGAGACAACAACAACAGAGCAAGCAACACAAAUGUCGACAACUAAAACACAAGAACAGUCAACAAAAACAUCAACAACUACAACACAAGAGACCAAAACACAAGAGACAGCAACACAAGAGACAACACAAGAGACAGCAACACAAGAGCCAGCAACACAAAAGACAGCAACACAAGAGCCAACAACAAAAGAACCAGCUACACAAGAGACAUCAACACAAGAGACAACAACACAAGAGACAGCAACACAAGAGACAACAAAACAAGAACCAGCAACACAAGAAACAGCAACACUAGAGACAGCAACGCAAGAACCAACAACACAAGAGCCAACAACACAAGAGACAGCAACACAAGAGACAGCAACACAAGAGACAACAACACAAAAGCCAAUAACCCAAGAGACAACAACACAAGAGACAACAACACAAGAGACAGCAACACAAGAGCAAACAACACAACAGACAGCAACACAAGAGACAGCAACACUAGACCCAUCAACACAAGAGACAGCAACAAAAGAGCCAACAACACAAAAGCCAAUAACACAAGAGCCAGCAACACUAAAGAUAACAACACAAGAGACAGCAACACAAGAGCCAACAACACAAGAGACAACAACACAAGAAACAGCAACACAAGAGCGAACGGAAGAACCAACACAAGAGACAACAGCACAAGAGACAGCAACACAAGAACCAACAAAACAAGAGACAACAACACAAGAGACAGCAACACAAGAGCUAAUAACAGAAAAUUCAACAACACAAAACUCAACAAUGACAACACAAAAGCCGACAACAGAAGAGCCAUCAACACAAGGGACAAAAACACAAAAGACAACACAAGAGACAGCAACACAAAAGACCGCAACACAAGGGACAAUAACACAAAAGACAACAACACAAGAGACAACACAAAAUACAACAACAGAAGAGACAACAACACAAGAGCCAACAACACAAGAGCCAGCAACACAAGAGACAACAACACAAAAGCCAACAACACAAGAGACAGCAACACAUGAGACAGCAACACAAGAACCAACGAAACAAAAGACAGAAACACAAGAGACAAUAACACAUGAACCAAAACCACAAAAGUCAACAACACAAGAAACAACAACACAAAACUCAACAAUGGCAACACGAAAGUCAACACCAGAAGAGCCAGCAACACAAGAGACAGUAACAGAAGAGCCAUCAACAAAAGAGACUGCAACACAAGGGACACAAACACAAGAGCCAGUAACACAAAAACCAACAACACAAGAGACAGCAACACAAGAGACAACAACAGAAGAUACAACAACACAAGAGCCAACAACACAAGAGCCAACACAAGAGACAUCAACACAAGACCUAACACAAGAGAUAGCAACAUAUGACCCAACACAAGAGACAGCAACACAAGAAACAACACAAGAGACAUCGACACAAAAGAUAGCAACACAAGAGGCAACACACGAGACAACAACAAAAAAGCCAACACAAGAGGCAACAAUACAAAAGACAGCAACACAAGAGACAACAACACAAGAACCAACAACAAAAGAGAUAGCAACACAAAAGUCAACAGAAGAGACAGCAACACAAGAGCCAGCAACACAAACAAUGGUAACACAAAUACCGACAACAGAAAAGCCAGCAACACAAAGGUCAACAACAGAAGAGCCAGCAACACAAAGGUCAACAACAGAAGAACCAGCAACACAAAAACCAACAAAAAAAGAGCCAGCAACACAAAAGCUGACAACACAAGAGGUAGCAACACAAAACCCAACGACCAAAGGCAUAGCAACACAAAAGCCAACGGCAAAAGAGACAGCAACACAAAAGCCAACGACAAAAGAGACAGGAACACAAAAGCCAACGACAAAAGAGACAGGAACACAAGAGACAACAACACAAGAGCCAACCACAACACAAAAGUCAGUAACAAUAAAACCAACAACACAAAUGCCAACUACAGCAAUAGUGGAAACAACAUCAGAACCAGCAACACAACAUUCAGAAACACUAAAGCAAACAACUGCAACACAGAUCUCAAUCACCCACCACCCAACACCACCUGAGACACUUCAGACUUCAAGGACCACAACCACCCCAUCGCCUUCUUAUUUGACAGUUUCACGAAUCAUUUCUUCCUCUGCAACACUUGUCUCUCCUGAUGCAUCGUCCGCAACACUACCACUAUCACUAUCAUCAGCCGAGAGGACCUCCUCUUCCACCUCUAGCGUCACAACUCAACGAGCAUCCAGCAUUGCCACCACCACUACUACAUCAGAGCCAAUUACAACACCAACAGCAACACUAGAACCUCUUUCAAUAAAGAAGCUAACACCACCACCACCACAACCAACAUCAUCAACAACAACAACAACAACAAAACAAAAGAUAACUCAGAAGCCAACAACAACAAAACAAAAGCCGACUGUAACACAAGACUCAACAACACAAGAGCCAGCAACACAAAAGUCAAUAACAGAAGAGCCAGCAACACAAAAGGAAACAACAGAACAGGCAGGAACACAAAACCUAACAACAACAACAAUAGAAGAGCUAGCAACACAAAAGUCAACUGCACAAGGGCCAGCAACGUAAGAACCAACAACAGAAGAGCCAAUAACUGCAAUAAAAUAAAAUAGGAGGGUAGUUGAGAAAGAUAGAUGAUUUUUUUUUUUUUUUUUUUUGUCGGAAAUAAGUGGUGUUAUUGUCAUGGUCGCAAUGAAACAUGUACACAAACUUAAGAAUAAAUGUUUGGCAAUCUUCACAAAUUA